AGAGAAGGAGGAGGAGACCUUGGAGCCCCUUCCAGUGCCUCCAGGAGAGCUGCAGAGGAACCUGGGACAUGGGAUGGAGUGAUGGGAUGGCGUUCAGGAGCCAGGACAGAGCAGGCACAGUGCACGGGAUGCACAGGGUUUGAUAUCCAUCCCCCUCAGCCUGGUUCGAAGCAGCACAGGGGGAUCCCAGCACCUGCAGUGUCCAUGCAUGAGAUGAGUUUGUACCAGCCUCAGCCCUGGCACAGGGAGGGUGUGCACUUGCCAGCGGGAUCCCCUGGGCCAGUUUGGGACAGUCAGCCCAGGGUUACCCGGCCAAGCAGUUUCCUGCAGGAGGUUUGAACAUAAAGCCAUGGCCAUGGCCCAAACCAAGGUUACAGCCCUGGAGCAGGUCCUGACCUCCCUGCUGGAUCCCAGCCAAAAAGCCUUUGCUCUGCGGUGCCCCAGGGGAUGGUCCAGCCCUGCUGCCUUGAAGGUGAUGACAAGUUCAGGAAAAUCCAGCCUUGAAGGCUUUUUAAGGAAGGAGAGGGUGAGUGCAAUGCACGAUGACCCAUGGGAAAGCCAUGUGCAGCCCAGGAGGCUCCGGCCAGUGUGGGGCCAAGGAGGGAAGCACCACACCCUGGGCAGUGAGGCACGAGCCCCGAAGGGAGCUGGGGUCACCUUCCUGCAGGUGCCUCUCUGAGCAGGCAGGGCUGGGGCUGGGGUGGCACAUCUGUGUCUGUCUGUCCCCACCUGGGCUCUGUCCUGCUGUCUGUCUGACGCCAGCCCUGUCCCUGUGGCUCUGAGGCAGCGGGCGCCUGGAUCCCCAGGGAGCGCACGCCAGUGACGGAGUCAGGAUGCUUUCAGCAUUUAUGGUAAUGUUUGGAUUUCUCAUCGCUUUCCCAAACAGGAGAAGGGAAAAGAGAGCCGAGCCAAGGGCUGGGUGUGCUCCGCUCAUUCCCUGCCUCCGGCUCUGCACCUGCCUCACCCUCCCUGCUCCUGGUGCCUGCCCAUCCCCUGCCGUGCCCGGGGCACCCUGGUGGGCUCCCCACUGCCAGGCCGGGGGUGCGGUGGCUGCAGCGUUCAGAGGUCGUGGCUCCACAGCAGGGCUUCUCCGUGCUCCGUGGGAAGGAGGGGAACUCUGUCACUCACAUUCCGAAAAACAGCGGCCAGAGGAUGCCAGCUCCAGGGAGUGCCUCAGCCAUCGCAGACGCUGAGUCCUUCUGGAUUUAUCUGGAAGCAGAGGAAGACAGGGAACAGCUCCAGGGCUUGGUGUGCCAGUGCCUGGGGGGAUUGCCCAGCCCCAGCAUCUUUCCAUGCCUCCCUUGUUCCUUGGGCACAUCCUGCUGGAAUUUCUGGAGUGUGGGUCCUGCUGGCAACACUCCAGCGAUCCCAGUGCGCUCCCAGCUGCCUGAGCAGUGGGGACCAUCCCCAGGGUGCCCUCCCCUGCAGCUGCAGGGCGUGUGGCAGCCCCCACAGCCAGGCCAAGGCAGGCAGCACAGUCCUGCUGGGUCCUGCCAGCAGCCUCACCUCGGGUCCCCUCAGGACACCCCUGCCCAGCCCUGGGCAGCCAGAGGCGGGUGCCUGCAGCCUUGUGCUCUCAGCCCAGGCAGGAACAAUGGCUCAUUUCGCUGCAUCCGCUCCGGAAAAUCCCCCGGCCCCACUCGGGCUCCACUCCAGGACGCUGUGGCUCACUCUUCCUCUGGCCUUGGAGGGGCAGGUGAUGGAGUCCCCCACAGCAUGCACCCUGCGGGCAGGGAACAGCCUCAGGCUGCUGGGGAGAGCCCUCAGGAAGGAUCUGGAGCUGCAGGGAGCCCAGCCCUGUGUCCCCAGCAGCCACAAGCUUCCCUGCCUUGGCUCACCCUGCAGCCCUGUGCAAGAGCAGGAGCACGAGGGCUGCUCGCCGUGUUUGUGGAGGGCUCUGUGUUUCUCCAUGAUGGGAGCUGGGAUAUCUAUCUCCUCCUGGAGCCUGGCCAGACAGCCCUGGGAAAGGCAAGUUCUCUUCCAUGGGAAAGUCCUGCAAGAAGAAAUUCCUGCAGCCCCACCGUUCCCCAGGGCCCUGGUGCUCCAUUGUGUCCCCAGUGCUGUGGGGAUGUGACACAAGGACUGUGUCCUGCUUGCUGCCUUAUCCCAGUCAGUCCUUGGCUGUCCCCACCCCUCUCCACAGGGAGCCUUCCCUGAGGACAUCCAAAGGGAUCCCCUGCAAGAGGGGCUCCCCCAAAACUUGGCCUGCUCUGGGCUAAUCUCUCAUUAGGCUUUCUCACAGAUGAUCCUGAUGAGCCGUCCUGGGGGAGCCCUGCAGACAAAGCCGGGAAGAAGAGAUCCCUGCAGGCAAGCCCAGGGAGUGAUGCUGUGUCCCCAUCCUGGCUUCUCCUCCCUUCCUUGGCAGCAGAGAGCCGGAAAAGCCAGGUGCCAGAGAGCGCAGGGCAGGGCCGUUCCUCCUGCCCACUCCUCUGGGCAGCUGUGGAGUUGGCAAGUGCUGGAUGAGCAUGGCCAGGACCUCUCGCUGUCCCCUGGGCAGCCCAAGCCCACAGCCAGACCCAUCGUCUGCCCCAUUGUGUGGGCGAGUGCCCGGCCCUGUCCCGGCUGGCGCCAGCACAAUGGGGCCUUUUUCCGGCCGGCGCUGGGGGAGAUGGACUCGGAAGUGCUCCCAAGGAAAAGGAUGGUUUAUAAAUAGCUCCUGGCUUCCCCUGGCCACCCCAUCAGCGCCCAUCCCCAAAUCCUGCCCCUUGCUCCGUGCCCACAGUGCUCCCAGGCUGGGAGAGGAGCCUGGGGCACAGACGUCACCAGCCCUGCUGAACGUGUGUGAGCGAGGGCACGACGUGGCUGUCACACCCUGUCCCAGGGCUGCACCUGCUCCGGCCCGUGGGGCUCCUGUAACCCCAGGAUGUCGAGUGGCAGCCCCAGGCAGAGGGCUCCUUGUGCCUUGGCAGUGGCUCUCAGCUGGAUAAGGUUCUCCCAGGCGUGCUACAGCUGUCCUUGUCCAUCCACCCUGCAUGCAGCUCCCGAGGCAGGGAGCAAGGGAAGGGCUGCACGGCUCCACAGCCGUCCCUGCCACCCCUGCUCACCACAAACCAGCCCUCAAACCCAGUCCUGGAGCCCUGGGGAGCUGCUUCUGUCCUCUGCCAGCAGCACCAUCACCAGGGCAGGAUGCUGAGGUCUCAACGUUGGGCUGGAUGACCCUUGCCAGCUCAGCUCCUUUUUGGGGCUUUGCCACCACUCUGCAUCUGCUGAGCCCCAGCCAUCCCCGCACAGCUGCUCCAAAAAAUCACAGUCCUCCGUGACAGAGAUCCAGAUGUCACCUUCCUUUCCCCCCCCACCUUCCUUCCCCCGUUCCGCUCCUGUCCUUCCUUCCUCCACCCUCGCAGUUCCUCGCGGCCCCUCCUGAACAAAGGCCCCGUAGCCAUGGUUAAUAAUCCCCACAGAAAGGCCCUGCACGAGGAGAGGAAGGAGAGGGGAGACACAAAGGAGUCACUGGGAGCCAAGCCGAGGAAGGGGGUUGGAAGGAGGCGUUUUCCUGAGCUGGAAGACACAAGCCUCGAAGAGGGCUCCCAGAGGCGAACCCAGAUGGAGCAGGGAUACCCCAAAGUGACCUUGUGCCACCCAGACAGCAGAGAGCCAAAGGCUGGGCAGGGUUCCUGUACUUACCCAGAGUGCAAAGCCUUAUGUGAGGCCUAGAGCCCCCAAAAUGCAGCAGCAGGGAGCGGGAGAAGGUGAGGGUGAGGGGAGCAGUGGCAGUGGAGCAGCCGGCGGUGUGGGAAAGCUCGGUGCUGGCCCACAUCCCGUCCCUUCCCCGGGGAGCAGGGCCGCUCUCGGCCCUGACGGUGUUCUGUGAAGAGGUGCAGGCCCGGGUGGACACAGCCAGAGGUUCUGCCCAGCACGGCUGCACUCCACCCACCCCGGAGAGCUGCAGGGAGCCCAGCCAGCCCCCAGCCCAUUGUGGGGUUCACUGGCACAGAGUACCCCAAGCACCCCCCAGAGCCCACCCCAGCUCCUCUGGGCUUGGUGCAGGGUUUGGGGAAGGCACAGGGCCCCCCGGCCCACCUGGGAUGCGUGUCAGGACAGGCACAGGCACAGCCCACGCUGGGCCAGCUCCCUCUGGCAGCAUCCCAAGGUCCCCAGAUGAGCAGGGAUCUGUCUGGGAGUGCAGGAAAAGGUGGAAGGGGCUGCGGUGUGUGCUGGGACGCACAGCUCCAGGCCUGGCUCCGUGCUGGCCAUCGCUCCCCUCCGGCUGCAGGGAGCCAGGCCCAGCAGGAGCCAGAGGAGGGAGGCAAAUGCAAUUACACACUUCCAGAUCAUUCCUGCAACCUGCGAUGCUCAGAUAAAGCUGGGAAAUCAGCCCUGCCCUGGGCAGGGUCCUGUGGAUCCAGCAGCUGUGCCAGGGACUGAAAGCCCCAGCACUGCCAGGGGCAGA